CCUAAUUGAAUAUGUGACAAAAUGUUUGAGAUAACUUGUCGAGAAACUCGUGUGAGAUGAAAAAAGUCUUAAAAUUGAGUUUGCUUGACAUUCAAUUUUUUUCCAUUUAUAUUGCCACAUGAAAUUAUUUGGAGGAGCUUUUGGAGCUCGAUAUUUACAUAUCACGUCAUAUUCCUCCGCGGAUAUUUUUAUAUGAGUUCACGAUAAUCCAAGCGGUUCUGUAAACACCAAAUACUUUAAUGUUUUUGUUUUUAGUUCCAAAGCCAUUAACCUAUUCACUCUUUGGAGAAACCUAAUUUCUUUCUAUCUCAUAAAUUACUAUUCCAUAUAAUCAGUGAAAACUGGACCCACAUAAGUUAACCGUUUAUGUUUCUUGGAACCUGGUUUUCUUUCUUGUUUUUUUUUCCCGCUUUUACAGUUGGAUUUGGAACCUGGUUUUUCUUUGUUGUUUUUUCCGCAUUUACAACUUGUUUAGAAGAGUAGUAAACAAUUACAUUCUCCCAAAAAAAAAAAAAAAAAAAAAAAAGAAUAAAAACAAACAGGCACAUUUCUGGAAUCUCCGCAGCAUUACGGAUGGUUCAGUUGGAGUCAGUAUGUUGGUGCUUUUGGAAGAUGUUAUGGUACCAAUUAUUGCACUGUUUGAUGGUUUUAGGAUUGUGAAGAUGGAGGGAGUUGACAAGUUGCUUCCUUUCAUUGUUAAUCAAGUUUCAUUGCAAAGUUUACUUUGUUCUCUCUUCUGUGGUCUGCGGAGCCUUCGUGUAUGGAUAUUGCUGUAUUCAUUUGUGUACAUCUUUAGAGUGUUGAAAGCAGGUGGAACAGUUGUAUUAGUAAUAAUUUCUCAAUCUGCCAAAGUGCAGGUAAAUGCAUACUUGAGCGCAAGUUAUUGUUGGCAAGAUCAUUGGAUAUACAGUUGUUUGAAUCUGGCCUCUCUUUUUUGGUUAGUAAUUUCACCCAUGUGCCAGGUUUUCCCAUGAUGUCCCUUGCAACUUUAUGUCAGAAGACAUGAAGAGGAUUUAUUCCAUUACAAUGAUACGCUGCCUUUAACGUGUCAUAAGAUGAUGUUACAUGGCCCUUCAUUAUGAAUUUUUCGGAUGCAUUGUGGAGUGCAACAACAACAAUAUACCUAGUAUAAUCCCACCAAGUGGAGUUUGGGGAGGGUAGAGUGUACACAGACCUUACCCCUACCUUGUAAAGGUAGAGAGACUAUUUCCGAUAGACCCUAUGGAGCACCAGAGACAAAAUCUAUCGGUCUACUUUGUGAGUCAAAGAGUACAGGACUUCUGUGUAUGCACCAUGCAGCAGUUUCUUGCCGGCAAUUGCUAUUAUUUUGUAUGAAUACUUUGUUUGCAGUGACUAUCUGUACAACAGAGGUGAUAUUAGUAUGAGUACUUUACGCGAAUUUCUCAAAAUACACUAAAAAUUAGCAAAAAUAAACUUGAUGUACCCAUGCCGAAUAUUUUCACACACUCAUUUUGAUAUGUACAAAUUUAUGUAACAUGUACUUUACGCGAAUUUCUCAAAAUACACUAAAAAUUAGCAAAAAUAAACUUGAUGUACCCAUGCCGAAUAUUUUCACACACUCAUUUUGAUAUGUACAAAUUUAUGUAACAUAGGUUGUUGAGACUCACACCUUUGACUCUUUAUUUAGUUUAAUAUUCAAGGAGUCCGGAGCCAAAAUGACAUAUUUUUACAGCAAUUAGACCAAAAUAGGCUGUCUUUUUUUUUUUAUACCCAAAUGGGUAUUUCGUUGAUCAUUCAACGAAAUACCCCAGUUACUGUUCAUAGCAGCAACUCUUUUUUUUUUUUAAAUUUUUUUUUGCAUUUCGUGGAACAAUCCACGAAAUAG